AUGGAUAAAUCUUCUAACUUAGAGUUUGGAGGAAUUUUUGAUAUCCAGAAGAUUUCUCAAUCUACAUCAGAUAUUGGUAACUCAAGGCUCGAAAACCUUGAUUUGGAUAUCUCUGAAAAGUCCAUGGAAUCACCAUUAGAUGACUCAGUCUCAGAUGUUAUUCAUCAACCAUCAAGCCAAGCGUCAUAUGAGAGUUGGUCAAAUGUUGUAAAACCAACUGCAUCUGCAUUCCCAAACAUUCAGCCAGAGUCAAGCUUUCAUUUCGGUGAUCCAGGUGAUUCAAUCAAGGACUCCAGCAGCAGGACCUCUGAAAUGGCUGAUUCUUACCAUUCUUCACUUUCUCUGAUGAGACCUGAAAUUGAAAAUUCAUAUACGGUUAACAAAACAAAAACAAGCUUGUCAAGAAUUCCACUUCCUCAGUCUGCAGCUUCAUUUUAUAAUGGACACUCACCACGAAUGGAAAUUGUAGAAUCAUGUGAAAGCAUUAAGAGUCUUAAUAUGUUUCUGAAGUCAAAAAGGGUUAAGGUCGAUGCUGGUGUUCCAGGAAGAUUCCUUCAUACUGUUAUUGGGCAAGAUGUCUCUGAUGUUGGAUCUGUUGCAGCGGUGAUCAUGUAUGCCUUCUACUUGAAUGGAAUGCUUGAAAGUCACCAAUUCUGCACUGUGCCUGUCAUCAACAUGAAGAGGACAGAGCUGAAUUCACAUGCUGAACUAAAAUGGUUGCUGGAUUCUUGUCAAAUUGAUCAGUCAUCCUUAAUCUUUAUUAAUGAGAUCGAUCUAUCAUAUUAUGACUUGUUUGGGAGUCUUAAGCUAGUUCUAUUAAAUGGUUCCAAGCUCCCGACUAAACAAGAGGCACUAAAAGAAUCAGUAAUCGAAAUCUUUAAUUGCCCAAAGGGUGAACGUGUGUACCGUUGGGUUGAGAAAGUUACUGUGGGGCAGGAGUGCUCACCUUGUACACUUAUUGCUGAAAAGUUUGCAAUGACCUCUCCUGAGAUUUUGGCAGGACAAGGAUUCAGCCGACUUUUGUUAGCUGGCAUCCUGCUAGACACUGGAAAUUUAUCAAGCCCUCAAUGUACUUCCAAGGAUAAAUACAUGGCUACAUUGUUGAUUAAUGGUGCUGGUCGUUUUGGAUGCAAUGGCCUGUACCAGAUAUUGCGAUAUAAACUAUAUGAUGUCUCUGAGCUGGGAGUAGCUGAUAUUUUGGGAAAAGAUUUCAAGAAGUGGACAAGAGUAGGCAAGCUAGACAAUGCUGGUUCAAGGUUAAUGGUUGCACAUGUUGGGAUGAGUUCUAUUGGCAUUUCACUGCAGCAGCUUCUUGCACAUGGCAAUGCCUCAACUCGGGAAAUAAGACUUUUUCAGCAGAUGGAGAAACUUCGUCUGCUCAUGAUUGUUUCAGGCUAUUAUGAUCAACAGAAGAAUUUCAAGAGAGAAAUACUAGUCUCAACCGAAUCUGUGGAGGUCAUGAAGAACUCACUUUUCUUCUUCAAUUCGAAUGCUUCACAACUGCCUCUCAAAGUUCUUUAUCAACCAGAACUUGGAGAAGACAUGAGGGCCUUUGAGAUUGACAAGGUUACAUCAAGGAAGACGAUAGAGCGCCUCCUGGAAGAGUUUGGGGGCACAGCCAAGGUUAAUGCAGCUUCACAACCAAAAUAACAUGAAUAUUAUGGAGAUUGAUUGGUGCAAAAAGGGCAAACCUUGACUGGAAAACAGAAAAAGGGGCAUGAAAUUCAAAACAACAAAGAUCAAAGAUGCAUUUGGACACUUAUUUUGGAGGCAAGGAGUUUUGAUUUCAAAUUUAGUUUAAAUUGUGCAAGAAACUGAACAAACAUUAAGUUUUAAAGAUUCUCUUAAAUUCAUAGAUUCGUUUGAGUGUU